AUAAACAUCACAAUAACAAUCAAUGAAUUAAUAAUGAGUGAUUUGUCGCACUUAAGAUUAUCACGGUGAUACAGGUGGCCCGUGAUUGCCAAGAUUCAUUGGCAGAAUUCAUAUAAAGUAAUAUAAGUCUAACAUAAAUUAAAUACUUACGUUCUGCGUCCUUGCCGAUGUCUACAAUGAAGCUAUUGAAACCCCUGUGGAUCCUCCGAAAUGGCAGGAGGAAGAAACUCGGAUGCUCUGUCACUACUUGGUCACCUUUGGCAACAGCAUUCAACACCAGACCAAAUUCUAGGCCUAUUUUUGACUCUUUAAAGGAAAGAACUGGCCUCUUCAAUAAACCAGAGCUCACAACUUUUGAAGGCUUCUACACGCUCAAGGACCAGGCUAUCGAAGCAACUGAUCGUCUGAUAGAAGAGGCCACCAACAGCCCCACGCGUCCUAUGGUCGAGAUAUUUGAUGAGCUUUCCGACACACUGUGCAAAGUUGCAGAUCUUGCUGAGUUUGUGAGGAUAGCUCACCCCCAACCACAUUUCGCACGAGCUGCUGAAGAAGCCUGCAUCAGCAUUAGUGGAGUUGUCGAAAAGUUAAACACGCACAAAGGCUUGUACGAAGCUUUAAAGAAGUCAGUUGAGAAUGGAACAUCUGGAGACAAACAUUUAGCAGAAUUAUUCUUGUUCGACUUUGAACAGAGCGGAAUACACCUCGAAGAGAACAAAAGGAAGAGUGUGGUGGCUCUCAAUGAUGUUAUCCUCCAAACUGGGCAGAGGUUCAUGGCCGGAGCUGCUAAACCAAGACGUGUUUCUCGAAGUGCUGUACCUCAGAAUGUUAGACAUUUCUUCAGCACCGAAGGCGACAAUAUAAUAGUGAGCGGGGUGUACGCGGAGUGCGGGGAGGCGGCCGCCCGCGAGGCCGCCUACCGACUGUACCUGGCGCCGGACGGCACGCAGGACCGCCUGCUGGACGCCGUGCUGCAGGCCAGGCACCACAUGGCCACGCUCUGCGGCUUCCGGACCUACGCCGACAGAGCAAUAAAAGCGAGUACAAUGGAGACAGCAGCAAACGUGCGGCAGUUUCUCGACCUCCUCUCUGACGGCCUCCACGACCGCGCCAGGAUGGAUUUCGACGUGAUGCUGAAGAUGAAGAAACAGGAAACGCCAUAUCUGGAUCAAUUAAACUGCUGGGACACGCCGUACUACACUCACAAGGCGAAGAACUUGUUAUUGGACCAGGCCAAUUCGGACUUCAGCCCGUACUUCAGUCUGGGCGCGUGCAUGGAGGGCUUGGAUAUGUUAUGUCAAGAGCUAUACGGCAUCAGUCUGAAGUCCGAGGAAAUGUUGCCAGGCGAGUCGUGGUCUCCGGACGUGUACAAGCUGGCCGUGGUCCACGAGUCGGAGGGGCUGCUGGGCCACAUCUACUGCGACCUGUACGAGCGGCCCGGGAAGCCGCACCAGGACUGCCACUUCACUAUACAGGGCGGGAAGCUGUUACCAGAUGGCUCCUACCAGAACCCGAUCGUGGUGAUAAUGUUGUCGCUGAGCGGCGGGCACCGCUCGGGGCCGGCGCUGCUGUCCGCGGGCGCGCUGGACAACCUGUUCCACGAGGCGGGCCACGCGCUGCACUCCAUGCUGGGCCGCGCGCCCCACCAGCACGUGGCCGGCACGCGCUGCCCCACCGACCUGGCCGAGCUGCUCAGCGUGCUCAUGGAGUGCUUCGCGGCCGACCCGCAGGUGCUGCGCAGGUUCGCGCGCCACUUCCAGACGCGGCAGGCGGCGCCGGAGCGCACGCUGCAGCGCCUGUGCGCCUCCAAGCGACUCUUCGCCGCCAGCGAGAUGCAGCUGCAGGUGUUUUAUUCAGCCCUGGACCAGCAGUACCACGACCGGCCCGCAGCGCCCGGGGGCCGCACCACGGACGAUCUGAAAGAAGUCCAGAAACAAUAUUAUGGACUUCCGUAUGUCGAAAACACAGCGUGGCAGCACCGGUUCAGCCACCUGGUCGGCUACGGCGCCAAGUACUACUCCUACCUCAUCUCGCGCGCGCUCGCCUCCUCCGCCUGGAACACGCACUUCGCGGCCGACCCGCUCGCGCGCCGCGCCGGCCGCCGCCUGCGGGACCGCGUGCUGCGACACGGGGGCGCCGUGCCGCCGCAGGUCCUGCUCAAGGACUACCUGGAAAUGGAGAUAACUCCACAGACGCUCGCGUCGGCGCUGAUAGACGAGUUGGAUUGCCACAAGGACCACCUCGACACCGUGCUGAAGAUACUGGACAGGAAGUAACACAUCCACUACUUAAUGAAAAUCAAAUUUCUCAUAUACCCGACGCAGGUGGCUCCAAAACGUCACCGGUAUCACUUGUCAAUGAUUACAAGAAUAUAAUUUGUUUAACGAAUGAAAGUGGAUU